UUCGAACUGCUCUCAGUGGAUUUUGAACGCGCUUGGACAAAAUAACGGAGCGAGCCAGCGUGUGGGCGACAAGUCCGUCCAUCUCUUCUUUCAACGUUUGUCUUUAUCGCUCUAUCUUAAAACAAUAUAUAUAUAUGUUGAUGUUUUAAGGGGACUUGGAAACACUGGGAUUUUCAUACGAUGGCUACAGCGACGCUGAGAUGCUGCCUUGCUGUUUUUUAAAUUGCGUGUGAUUACCAGAAUCAAACUCCUCAUGGAUAACGCAGUAAAUCAACCGAUUGACUUGCCUGUUGCAGCCUCCAACACGGAGUGAGAAUCACAUUGAGGCUGAAGAUUUUUUCCCCCCCGCCACUGUACUCCCGGUCUCAAACACACUGUGAUAUCCAAGUCGAACAGGAAAAAGAAAAAAAAACGCCUGUUCUUCUUCAUCUUCAGAUCUACCCUUUCUUCAAUGUCUGCAUUUUUGUUUGAAAACUGCCGAUCUAUGUCAGCCUUCUGAAAGCGCCCCGGGUACCGUGUAAGGAAGCGCCUCUAUCAAAGAAGAGCGGACCAGCUAGGGAUCUCUGGGGCUAGAGAAGAAGUCUUCAGAACCCCGAGAUAAGCAUGCCGCGAAGGAAACAGCAAGCGCCCCGGCGUGCAGCAGCGUAUGCCCCUGAGGAUGAGAAGGAGGCUGCCCUGCUCGACGAGGACCUGGAGGGGGAGGACUCUGCCGGGGAGGAGGAGCCUGCGGUCAAGUACAUGUGCCAAGACAAGGACUUCCUUUUCAAUGACCGGCCUGGUUUCCAUGACUCCCCCGUGGCCGACUUCUCCGGCCAUGAGUUGGACAAUGAGUCUCACCUGAGUGAGUCCAGUGACCGCAUGUCAGACUUUGAGAGUGCCUCUCUCAAAAACGAGGAGGAGGUCGCGAAGGUGCCCCUAACGUCCUUGUCGCCAUCUUCCUCUGUCAUGAUGGCCACCACCACAGCUACAGCCAUGGAGGAUGGCGCCACCACCGGGCCAGACAGCCUGGAACAGAUGAAGGCCAUCUACACCAGCUUCCUGACCAACUCUUACUGGUCGUCUCUGAACUUCAACCUCACCCAGCCGCCAGCGGUGGAAAAACCUCCACGCAGCCACAGCAGCAGCAGCAGUAGCAGUAGCAGCAGUUGUGGCAGCAAUGGCAAUGGUUACGACUGGCACCAAUCCGCCGUGGCCAAGACCCUCCAGCAGGUCUCUCAGAACCAGAACCGGCUCAUCCACCCAGCAGCGGAGCAAAACAACCUAUUCAGCACCGUGCAGCUCUACCGUCAGAGCACGAAGCUCUACGGCUCCAUCUUCACAGGUGCCAGUAAGUUCCGCUGCAAGGACUGCAGCGCUGCCUACGACACGCUGGUGGGGCUGACUGUACACAUGAAUGAGACAGGCCACUACCGCGAUGACAACCACGAGACAGACAGCGACGGCACCAAGCGCUGGUCCAAGCCACGCAAGCGAUCCCUCCUGGAGAUGGAAGGGAAAGAAGAUGCCCAGAAGGUCCUGAAGUGUAUGUACUGUGGACAUUCCUUUGAGUCUCUGCAGGACCUCAGUGUCCACAUGAUUAAGACAAAACACUACCAGAAAGUGCCUCUGAAGGAGCCAGUGACUCCUGUGGCAGCCAAGAUCUUCUCCUCCGCCCGGAAGAGAGCCCCCAUCGAGCUCGACCUCCCCAGCUCCCCAGACUCCAAUGGGGGCACCCCCAAAACCUCCCUAAAUGACCAUAAUGACCCCCUACAGAAGGCAUCCAACCCCUACAUCACCCCAAAUAACCGUUACGGCCACCAGAAUGGAGCCAGCUAUGCAUGGCAGUUCGAGUCCAGGAAGUCCCAGAUCCUGAAAUGCAUGGAAUGUGGCAGCUCCCACGAUACACUUCAGGAGCUUACAGCACAUAUGAUGGUGACCGGUCACUUCAUCAAGGUCACAAACUCUGCCAUUAAGAAAGGCAAGCCCAUCAUGGAGUCUCCCCCACCGCCCGUCCCCACCAUCUCUGCCGGUGAGGAGAAAUUCCAGUCUGUACCACUGGCAGCCACAGCAUUCUCCCCACCUCCUCCACCCAUACCUCCUCCCUCUAGUGUUUCCCCUGCCAUGGCUGUGGAGAUUAAGAAGGAGGAGAAGGAAGAGGAAUGUAUGAAGGAUACCACUAACAGCAGCAAAGACAAGAAGACCGGAGAUGACGAGACAGAGGAGAAAUUCGAUAUCUCCUCCAAAUACUCUUACUUAACAGAGGAGGAUCUAGAGGAGAGCCCUAAGGGAGGGUUUGACAUCCUCAAGUCCUUGGAGAACACAGUGACAUCAGCCAUCAACAAAGCACAGAACGGUGCUCCCAGCUGGGGAGGCUACCCCAGCAUCCAUGCUGCAUACCAGCUCCCAAACAUCAUGAAGCUUUCACUGGCCAACUCAGGGAAGAGCUCAGCUCUGAAGUACAUGUUCCCCGGAGGAGAGAUCCUGUCCCAAAACGCCAAAAACCAACCUCUGAUCUCCUCGCCUAGCCGUCAGACCUCUCCUCUCCCCAAAAACAACUUCCAAGCCAUGGAGGAGCUGGUGAAGAAGGUGACUGAGAAAGUAGCCAAGGUGGAGGAGAAGAUGCGGGAGCCGAAUGUAAGGGCGUCCCCACUGAGACGAACCACACCCUCCCCCUGCAGCAGCGAGGCCGGGGAGUCAGCCAGAGGGGAGUCCCCUAAAGAGAGGAGAGGGUCUAAAACCCCAGAGAGCAUCGGAGGAGGCAGCCACAAAGACUGUAACGGUGACACCAAUAUGAAGGAGUCGCUGGAGAAUGGAAUGGAGUCGGCUGUCAAAUCCCCCAUCUCUGCCUUGUGUGGCAGCACAGCCAUUAUUACAGACCACCCGCCAGAGCAGCCCUUCGUCAAUCCUCUAAGUGCGCUUCAGUCCGUGAUGAACGUCCACCUGGGUAAGGCAGCCAAGCCUGCUCUGCCGUCCCUGGACCCCAUGAGCAUGCUCUUCAAGAUGAGCAACAGCCUGGCAGAGAAGGCCGCGGUCGCCGCUUCCACCCCAGCUCAGACAAAAAAAAACAACGAGCACUUAGACCGCUACUUCUACCACGUCAACAACGACCAGCCAAUAGACCUGACCAAAGGCAAGAAUGAAAAGAGUAGCUCCCUGGGUUCGGCUGCCCUGUCGUCAUCCACAUCAACACCCUCCUCUGUCUCCCCCUCCUCCACAGCCACCAUGGCCAAGGCCUCAUCUGCUGUGGCUUCAUUCAUGUCCAACUCCCCGCUGCGUGAGAACGCCCUGUCUGACAUAUCAGACAUGCUGAGAAACCUGACAGAGAGUCAAGCCUCUAAGUCCUCCACGCCCACCAGCCUGUCGGAAAGGUCUGACCUCGAGGGUUCCACUCAAGAGGAGCUAGAGGAGAUCUCUCCAGCCCAGAAACGCAAGGGCCGGCAGUCCAACUGGAACCCCCAGCACCUGCACAUCCUACAGGCCCAGUUCGCUGCCAGCCUCCGGCAAACUGGCGAUGGGAAGUACGUGAUGUCAGACCUGAGCCCCCAGGAGAGGAUGCACAUCUCCCGUUUCACAGGCCUCUCCAUGACGACCAUCAGCCACUGGCUGGCCAACGUCAAGUACCAGCUGAGGAGAACCGGAGGGACGAAGUUCUUAAAGAACCUGGACUCAGGCCACCCAGUGUUCUUCUGCAGCGAUUGUGCUUCUCAGAUCCGUUCCCCCUCCACCUACGUCAGCCACUUGGAGUCUCACCUGGGCUUCAGACUCCGAGACCUGGCCAAACUGUCUGGAGAGCAGCUUGUCAGCCAGAUCUCACGUCACACCAAAAGCCUGUCCGAAAAACUGCUCUCCAACCACUCCAACUCUCACUCCCACGCCCACUCCCCAUCUCCCUCCCCUGACGAGGACGGCAGCAGCACCUCGUAUCAGUGCAAGCUCUGCAACCGGACUUUUGCAAGCAAGCACGCAGUCAAGCUCCACCUGAGCAAGACCCAUGGGAAAUCCCCAGAGGACCACCUUAUGUAUGUCUGUGAGCUUGAGAAACAGUAGCACUAAGCUGUGGACAUGCUGCACUCUCUCUCUCUCUCUCUCUCUCUCUCUCUCUCUCCCGUUCUCUCUUGGUCUAUCUUUAGCCUUUCACAGACAUUUCUUUCGAAAAAAGGCCUAGAAACUAUUAAGUGAUGAAACUGCACAAAGAUGCCAUAGAACUACUGUUUAGUUUCGGCACAUGGUUUCUGAUUAUCUUUAAGGUCGACUCACUCUGGCCCAAGAAUCUUUUGUUUGUUUAUGCUCUCCUUUUUGCUGUUGUCACUGAUGAAACAUAUGAAGGUUAAACAAUAUUUUAAAAUGAAGUGGUAUGUAUUUGAAAGUUGUGUAAAUUGGAUUUGAUUUCUUUAUAUUUUGGCAUCAUUGAGAUGCGAUAAGCUGCAUGCAUAAAUUAAACAGUUUAGUUAAACAUUUGGUAACUAAAUCUGGUGCACUUUUUUUUUUCUCUCUCUCUCUUUCGCUCUCUUUUUGUUAAUGUGACCUUUAUGUGCUGGUGUCAGUCAGCAUCUGAAAUUUAACCCUCUGAGUACGGCCAAGCACUUCCACCCGAAUGAUCCAAAACCCUUAUCAAAGCAAAACAUUUUAGAUUGGAAUUGACCGAGCUAUUGUGUCGUGUGUAAGAUGCACAGUGAAAGCACCACAUGUCCCUGUCCAACAGCCAAUCUCUAAAGAUGCAUCGUAUGUGAUGCAAAAUCUCAAUCUGAAGUCGUUUACUUUGUUUAAUCAGGGGCCUCUAUGAAUUCAGGUCUAUGUAAAAAUGUAUAUAAAAACAUAUAUACUAAUUCCUGUCUAAAUUAUGCAUCAUUUUUAUAUUUUUAAUUUAAGAGGAGUAUGACUAUCUACUGGUGCACAAUAUAUGAAGACAUUAAUGAAAUUGUUUUGCACAAUAGUUUUAUAAAUAUGUUAUUUAAUCAAAUGAUGUGAAAAUAAGAGGAACAAAAUUACCCAGAACUCUUUUAUUUCCACCUCGUGCUCAAAGGGUUAAACCUCUAGUACAAGACAGUACAUGUGCCGGUAUUUGAACGUUAAAAUAUAAAGGUUGUACAAAAGAAGUUACUGUAAGAAGUAAUGAAGAAUUCCACAUGUAACCUCUUAUUUAUAAGCACUCUUGGUUGUCGUUUCAUAUCGUAGGAUGCCUUUGGAUUGGUAUUUCUUCUUUUUUUUCUGUCUAAUUACUCUCCCACAAUUCCGCACUGCAGCUUUAUCUUUUUGGGAUAUGAAAGGUAACCAUGGUUACCUCACCUCUGAUUGACAGUUCUGCUACAAUUUUGGCAGUUAAUUUGCUAAAGUAACUGACAGCUGCCAGUGUACAGAAAUCUUAGGUGUAAAAUAUUGGCAUGUAAACAGCACAGACACUGUUAUGCAUUCUGUGCCGUGUUUUUGUUGUUGUUGUUGUUGACAAUGAAGCACCCAUUAUAUGACUUCAUAUAACCUUUUUUUUCUACUGCAGCAUUAAAGGAAACAGUUUUUUGCAAUAACA